UCUAGAGUGAACGGCAAUGUGUCCAUCCCGGACUCACGAAGUCCAGACUGGAGAGUGUGUGGGCGGCUGGGAGUUCAUUGCCAGGCGCUUGAAAAGCGUUAAAACCUAGAGGCGGGGAGGGGAGAAGGGCGGUGCGGAGCCGGAGCCAAAGAGAAGAGGAGAGACUUGGUGGGAACGCUGAUCCGUGGGGGGUCAAAGGGAGCCGAGGGGCCGCAAGGAAGCUGAGAUGGGCUCUCCGAACGGCGCAGCCCACAGCCAGGGCCCUCCUGGCACCUCCGGGUCCCUGGGAGCUGCUCCCUGGAGCCCCUCUGCCCUCACGCCCCCGCCCACCCGCUAAGCCGGGGAUCUGCAAGCCGCCAGCCGGCACCGAGGAGGUGACUGGCGGCCUUGGAGCAAGCGCCUUCGGAGCGCGGUGGCACAGAAGCGCGACGGGAGUGGACUGACCUUUGAGAAGGAGGACUACUGUGAGCUGAGCCGCUGACAUGUGGGCUGGCCGGGGCCGGCGGCAGGAGGGAGCUGGAUGAGUGCCCGGAGUCCCCAGGCCGAUGCCGCCCCCGGAGAAGAGCCAGGGCCCCCCGGCCCGGGCGCCCGCGGGCCGCGCUCAAGGCCGGCUGCCCGGCCCGCCGUCCCCGGCGCUGUUCUGCGCCUGCGGCCUGUGCGUGCUGCUGGCGGGCGUGAACGUGACGCUGGUGGGCGCCUUCGCUUCCUUCGUCCCGGGGCACAACGCGCCGCUCAUCUUGGGGCCGGCGCUGCUCGUGCUGGCGCUCGGCUUCUUCGCGGCCUGCUGCGUGUGUAGCCGCCGCCGCGGGCCCGCGCCCCGUUCGCGCUCGACGGCGGCCGCGGGUCCCUGCCAGGGCGGGGGCGGCGGGCGGGUGGCGCUGGAGAUGGAGAGCAGCGAGCGCACGGCGCAGGACACCACGGCCGUGCAGAUCAGCCCCGCCCCCUCGGCCGCGUCGUCCGGCCGCUCAAGCCCCAGCCCCGGCCCCUUCGCCCUGGAUGCCCCCGCGCCCGCAGCCCUCUACGCGCCGCGCGCCGAUGGGGUCCGGCUCGGCCUGCCCCGGGAGGGCGUCGCCCCCUAGCCUCCUGGGUCCCCGGUCCUGACUCCCCUGUCCCGGUUCCCUCCCAUCAGUGCCAUUAGGAAAAAAGAGAGGGAGGAGGAGAGACAAGAAAAAGAAAACUUUCAUACGGGUCCGGUGCUGGGCACAGGUGGCCUCCUCUGUCCCAUCUCUGGAACUUCCGGGGGAGGGAGGGGGUAGUGUGAGGAUGGUGUCCAGGCAGGGCCCUCAAAGGGUGGGGUCUGCUGGGCCCUAGUUUACCUCACUCCCCAGACGUCCGGAAACUGGACUGCUGGUCCUUCCCUCCCUGGGCACUGUGAGCAGAGCCACUCUGAGGGGCUCUCAGCAAGGCCCGCGCCCCCAAGGGGUGGGAGGAAGAGGGGGAGAAAGGAUGGGUUCAGCCUGGGCUGUCUCCUGUCCCCGCCUAAUGAGAAAGGCUGCCCGACCCCCUUCUGUCCCUCCCCGCCCUCCUUGUCUCUACCCCAACAUUACCUUUUGGGAUUAAUGGGGGCAGGAUCUGAUCUGAGCCAGAUCAUCCCUAAGAUAGAGCUGUGUUGAGCACACUCCACCCUUUCUGCCCGACUAGAGCAGGGGGAGCUGAGCUGGGGGCCGACAGGGAGGAGUGGUGAGUGGGCUCCUCCCACCCUGAAGGUCUUGAACCGCACUGUGUAUUCCCGCUGUACCUCCCUCGCUCCUUAAUAAAUCACCU